GACCAUGAGCAUAGCAACAGAAAACAUGUCGGAAAGCAGUUUAUUUUGAAUAUUUUGUAUUGCGAUAUUUCUUAAUUUUAGAGGUCAUGGCAUCUGCGGGAAUCGUUUUAUGCGAUUCUUCUGAACUAUACAAUCUUUUAAAUCAGACUUCACAGUUUCCAUGUCUUAGCAAUCCUAGCUACAUGCUGUUACUGGAUACGAGGAAAAGAAGUGAGUUCAAUGAAAGUCACAUUGUUACGGCAAAGUUUGCACCACGGAAUGACAUUGGGGCUUUCCUUGUACCAGACAAUGCUGAACUGGAAACCAAAGUUCAUGUUGUCAUUUAUGACAACAAUACGAGCUCACUUAAGGACAAAGGAAGUUCUGCUUUAUCUUGUGCUAAAUUGAUGUGGGAAAUGGGAAGCAAGAAUCCAGUUAAAGUUGUCAAAGGUGGAUAUGAGCAAUUUUCAGCAUUUUAUCCAUUUUUAAGAACACAGAAAAUGAUAUAUAUGCCAAGGGAACUUGAUGAAAUUGUCACUUAUCCUUUGGAAGUUAUUCCWCAAUUUCUGUAUAUUGGAAAUUUCCAGCAGUCCCAAAAUAAAGCAAUCAAAAAAGUUUUAAAGGUCAAGGCACAUGUCAAUGUUUCCAUGGAAACAGAUAACAUGUUCUCCAAAGAUACAGUAAURCUAGGAAAAGAUGAGAAAAAGAUUAGUCCACUGCUGAAUAUCCCAAUAGAAGAUGACAGUGAGGCAGACAUAUUCUCUCAUUUCCAAGAUAUUGUCAGUUUUAUUGACGAUCACAACAUUGAGGAUGGUUAUACAGUUUUGAUAUACUCCACUUUGGGCAUCAGCCGCUGUAUUACUAUUGCUAUUGCCUAUAUCAUGUGGUACAAGAAAAUUUCUUUAAAGGAUGCCUACAAUCAUCUAAAGAAAUGCAAACAAAACAUCCAGCCUACAAGAGGYUUCAUUCAACAGCUUGCAAARUGGGAAUUACAGCUUUUUGGAAAGACGAUCACUGAUAUUGAUGAAACUAAUUAUUGAUGUUUUUAUUGUAUUAUAAGUUUUGUAAAUAAUGGUUUUUAAUUUAUUACCUGCUGGUCUAAAUAAUACUGUAUAGUCAGUGACUACUUUCAUUAAAGUACCCGGUGGUUUUGAAGUUAUAAUAACAUCCACCAGCUUAUCAUACUAAUUAAGAAAAAAAUGAGACUUUCUUGUUAGCAGUAAACGUGAUAACAACAAGAAAUAUGGCAGAUUUUAUCAUAUUGUGAUGAUUUGAAUUGUAACCACGAUACUGAUACAUUAUAUGAGGAUGACAGCCCUGUUAGUGAAAACCUUGACAGUUUGUAAAGUCAAUAUAGUUUUUAAAGAGUGACAAUAAACUAUAUAUUCAAUGCAAA